AUGUCCGACAGGAGCAACGCCCCGGCACCUACUUCCAGCAAGGUCAAGUUCACACGUCGCGGAAGAAGAGUUAAGAGGGGCAACAAGGCCAACAAGGGCAAGGACCACAGCACACAACUCACACUGGAUACUACUGGCCUUGUGCAAUGGCAUCUGCCCGGCAAUAUCCAGAAGUGGGUGGCGUAUAAGGCCGCUCAGCCAACCCACAACCUGCUCAAGCAGGCUGUGUCUGCUGAUGGUGGAAGCGCACCUCGCGCCUGGUCUGUCGGUUGGGGUUGUUUUUAUCGUACUCCAUCGGAUCAUUCGUCCUUGUGCAGCCUGGCCGGCGACGUCGAUGUGUUAGCCGGGCGCCGUACGAGAACCGCCGUAUCCAGGGGGAUUCCGCCCAUCUUUGCGCUGGACACCCUCGUCGCGCCGGUGCACGGGGGGGAGAUGGCCGUGGCGAGUGGUCGACUUUGA